GGUGACCCGUGGCUUGUCCCUCACAUAACACAAUUCCUAAUUGGUUCUUAUGUAUUAUUAAUUAUUUGUAUGUAUAAGCCCCAAAUCGCGGUUUCGUCCGUCUAUCUUCAAUCCUCGUCUUCUUCUUCCUGAAUCGUCAUUGGAGCAUAAUCUAUCUAUCUAUCUAUGUUGUGAGAGCUGCUGCUGCUGCUGCUACUGAUUAUUAUUAUUUCAUCAUCAAUCAUACGACUACGACUACGACAAGUAUAUAAUUAUUAGGGUGAGAGCCCUCAAUCUCGAUUGCUACUAAGAAGAACAAUCAGCAUCAUCAUCAUCCAAUAGUUGGUUCUUAUGUUGAUCGAUCUCCCGCUGAUGGUGUCGUAAUGCUGUGGGAUUGAGAGAUGAAGGAUGGGAUUGGAAUCGGUUGGUGGGUUUCCUGGGCUUGAUUGGAUUGGAGCAUCCAGUAGGUCCCUCCCAAUCUCUGGUUCAUCAUCAUCAUCAUCAUCAUCCUCAGUUCGGUAAUCGGUAAUAGAAGAAGAAGAAAGUGUGUUUCUUGUUGCUCUUGUUGUUGUACUUGUACUUGUAUAGGAUCAUCUUCAUUAAUGGAGGCAUUGGCCAAGCGCGACUAGCUUGAUUUUGGGUUUUGGACCAUGGAUGAGCUCAGCCCUACUCCUGCCUCUUCGUGGCGUCCCAGCCAGCUGGUCUUUACUCCAUAUUCCACGCAGGCUGAAGCUGCGAGCAACAAGUCCCAACCUUUACGCGUUAUCAGAAGACCGUAUUCUGUUAUGCAGUUUGUGGCAAGAUUAACUAAGGACAUAGUUGAAACAUACCGAAUCUGCAAUCCACAGUUUAAGUAUUCAGAAGAACUGAAUCCAAAGAGAUAUUUGACCAGCCCGUCAAUUGGAGUACUCAAUGAAGGCCACGAUAAUGUUAACUCGGAUCUUAUUCUGACAGUAAACUUUGUCUUGGUCAAUUUAGACACACAUCGAAGAUACAUCGUCAAAGAUGUUCUUGGCCAUGGGACAUUUGGCCAGGUUGCUAAAUGCUGGGUUCCAGAGACUAACAGUUUUGUUGCUGUGAAGAUCAUUAAAAAUCAACCAGCAUACUAUCAACAGGCACUGGUUGAAGUAUCCAUUUUGACAACGUUAAACAAGAAAUAUGAUCCUGAGGACAAGCAUCACAUUGUUCGUAUUUAUGAUUACUUUGUAUAUCAUCGUCAUUUGUGCAUUUGUUUUGAACUGCUUGAUACUAAUCUGUAUGAGCUUAUCAAGAUAAAUCAAUUCAGGGGGCUGUCCUUGACCAUUGUCCAAUUGUUCUCUAAACAAAUUCUACAUGGGUUAGCCCUGUUAAAGGAUGCUGGGAUAAUUCACUGUGAUCUGAAGCCAGAAAACAUUCUUUUAUGCACAAGUGUUAAACCAGCAGAAAUUAAAAUUAUUGACUUUGGAUCUGCAUGCAUGGAAGAUCGAACUGUUUACUCCUACAUUCAGAGUCGUUACUACAGGUCCCCUGAAGUCCUGCUUGGAUAUCAAUAUACUACUGCUAUCGAUAUGUGGUCUUUUGGAUGCAUAGUUGCUGAACUGUUUCUAGGAUUGCCAUUAUUUCCAGGAGCUUCAGAAUUUGACCUCUUAAGGAGAAUGAUUGAAAUACUUGGAGGGCAACCCCCUGAUUAUGUACUUAAGGAGGCAAAAAACACAAGCAAGUUCUUUAAGUGCAUUCGGAGUGUGCACAGUAUGGAGAAUGGAGAAUUUUCUGCAACUGGCAAAAGUUCUUAUCAAGCUUUAACAGAGGAAGAAUAUGAAGCUAGAGAAUUGAAAAGACCAUCAAUUGGGAAGGAGUAUUUUAAUCAUAUGAACCUUGAAGAAAUUGUUACAAAAUAUCCAUAUCGGAAGAACUUACCUAAGGAAGAUAUGAUUAAAGAAAGUCAGAUACGAUUAGCUUUGGUUGAUUUUUUGAGGGGCCUUGUUGAGUUUGAUCCUUCAAAACGCUGGUCACCUUUUCAGGCUUCAAAACACCCUUUUGUUACGGGGGAACCUUUUACUUGCCCUUAUCAACCUCCAUCAGAGACUCCUCGCAUGCCUGUUGCUCAAAACAUAAGGGUAGAUCAUCAUCCUGGUGGUGGGCAUUGGUUUGCUGCGGGUCUCUCUCCUAAUAUUCCAGGCAGAAACAGGGUCUCCAUGCAUAGCAGCCCACAUUUUCAGGUGGUGCCGCCAUAUGCACAUGCUAAUAGCUAUGGUAGUGUAGGAAGCCAUGGCAGUUAUAAUGAUGGUACUGGACUUGGAAGCAGCUAUGGGAGCUAUGGAGAUACUGGUAAUAUGUUUGCUUAUUAUUCACCAGUUGGUCCAUCUGGGAUGAACAUGCAUGCUCAAGGCAAUGCGUCAAUGCUUGGAAGUAGUCCCGAUGCAAGACGUAGGAUUAUCCCAUAUUCACAUGGAAAUGGACUUGGUAUGAGCCCUUCAGCAGGAAGUUUUGCUCCUCUGCCCCUAGGCACUAGUCCUUCACAAUUUACUCCACCAAGUUCCUACGGUCAAGUUUCUGCUGGCUCCCCGGGACAUUAUGGUCCAACUUCUCCAGCAAGAGGCAGUUGUCACGGAUCACCUUUAGGAAAGAUGGCUGCAGUUAGUCAGUUCAAUAGAAGAAAAAGUUGGGGAUAUCCCGGAGGUUCUCAAACUCAGGAGAGUUCGUCUUCUCAUUGGCAAGGGCAAACUACAGAUGGCAUCAGUUCUGGCAAAGCUGAGGGGAAUUCUCAAGUAGUUGGUGGUUCCCCAUCACAUCUGCCUCUAAGUUCUAGUGCUGGAAGCUGGAAACAGCAGCGAGGAGGCAGUGGAAGUUCUGCUGGCUACUUAGCCACUCCAAACAUGCCAAGCUCCUUCAAGGUUGGUUCCAAUAUCCCAAAGACCACAGGAGUGGCUCAUGACAAUUCGGAGGCUAGCCUGUCAUUGCCUGAUCCUGGGGAUUGGGAUCCCAAUUAUAGCGAUGAACUUCUUCUGCAAGAAGAUGGUUCGGAUACAAGCUGCUUUACUACUGAGUUCAGCAAUGGCAUGCAUCUUAAUUCGGCAGAAACUUUGGGUGGGGUUGGAAGAUUCAGCAGCAUGUCAAGUACAAGCUCCGGUCUUUCCUUACACAGACAAAGUGGCCCAAUGCAAUCAUUCUCACAUGCAGAGGUGGGUAGCCCUCCAACUGGUGAACCACUUGCUGGAUAUGUGCGUUUGUCAAAACCUUCUCAUUUCAUGCCUCAUAUAUCUCAAAAUUCUCCUAGCCGUUUGGGCCAGCAAUCUCAGCGGUUCAAUCACGGAAGACCGAGCAAUUCUCGGGGUAAUGAUUGGAAUCAUAUGAAGGUGCAGCCCCCUCCUCCCAAUUUUAACUCUGGAGGCCCACAUUCUCCAGGAAAUAGCUCAUUCAGCAACGGCAUGUCAUGGGGGCGUAGAGCCAGUCAUCCGGUCAUUAGCGUUCCACCUGCAUCACGUGGAAGAAAGGACUAUGGACGAAUUAUCUGAUGUUGGAAUUUUUUUUUCCGCUGUCAAAGAUCAGAUUCAGAUUCUGAGAGUUGGCAAGAUCAAUGUGCUUGCAAAAUAUAGUUUGUGGUUAAUGAAAUUCUUAUGCUCGUGUUAUGUUGCGUGCAACUAUUAUUGUUUUUGUGAAUGGCCUCCCUUUCCUGUUUAUCAAAUGCCAGACUUUUAGAUUUAGAUAAUGUGCUGAUUCUGAAAUU